AUCAUGGAAGUAUAUUGCAUUGUUCAUGUUUUUAGUGGAUAUUAAGUGGGACAGUUAGGAGUUCUCAACGUUAAAAUACAUAGUGCAUUCUAUUUAAAUUGAUUAUCAUUCUUAUUUUUUUUUCUUACAAGUACAUAUAUACAUAUUAUAGAUAUAUAUAUCUAAUUAGAAUAAAAAAAAGUUAUGUCCUCGUUUACGUUUGGUCAAAAAUCGUUUACACCAGUGCCACCCGAGAAAGGUAGCUUUCCACUCGAUCAUGAAGGUUUCUGCAAACAAGUAAUGAUAAACUAUCUUCGAUGUUUAUUAGAACAUAAUAAUCAAAAUACAAUGUGCAGACAUAUUGCCAAAGAAUAUCUCGGUUGUCGAAUGGAUAAGGAUCUAAUGGCGCGUGAAGAUUGGUCGAAAUUAGGUUUCGCUGAUGAAGUUAAGGAAACGUAACCAAUUUAACAAAUAUAUUUAAUCGUAAUUAAAUUAUAUAAUCAUUUGAAGAUUAAAUCAUAAUAAACGUAAUAUCUCUGUCACUGUUUGUAUUACCAAUGACUGACUUUGUCAUUGAUUGAAAAGUUAGAUAAAUAUUGUUAUCAAACUGCGAUAAGUUUAUUAAGUGUGUCUAUCUAAGACAAUUAUUAUUUAUGCGUUCUAGAAAUGGAUAGAGUGCAAGUUCAACCACAUGUGAUUCGUCAUCACAUUUAGAAAAUUUAUAUAUAUAUAUAUAUAUAAUAAACUGCCAAUAUUAAAACAAUAUAAACGUUUAGAAGAAAAUAUUGUUGGUAGUGCUUUAGAAGAUCUCAUGAAAUUUAUGAUAAAGUAUACACCAAAUUGUUAACCUAAAACCAUACUUAGUCUACGUUAUACCAUUUAUGAUAUUGUUAAAGAAAGAAUUAAGAAGAAAAUGAAGUAUUGAAAGAUAAGUUGUCAACUUAUUGCAACAACAACAAC